UUGGCGCAAGGCAUUCGAAGCAGCCAACAACGCGUAGUUUCUGUCAUCCAUGGCACUGCAUCUGGGUCAGACCUGUUCGCAGGAGGGCCUCAGAAGGUAUACAGUCGCAGUCGGAGUGUACCUAACAUGUUGCAUGCUUGGCGUUCUGCUCCUCUCAUGCUGGAGCCAGCUUGCCGAUGCCUGCAAGACAUUAUUCGCCAUGCUAUCCGCGGUUGCACUCUUCGCUGGUCUUUGGAGCGCGGAUGCGGGCAAUGCAGACACCAGCCUUCCGUCAUCCAACGCGGCGACGGGCACAGGUCAUAAAUCGGCCCCUCCGGUCGGACCCGCGAAGACGGCCGCCGAGGCGAGCCGCACGCUGCGCAGGCGUGCGUGGCCGCCGGUCGUGCACCUGCGCCUCGCUGCGACAGGGUUGAACGCGACCACGCGACGCACAGGUCUCUUCUCCUCGAGGCGGAGCAGCAGUCUGAGGCCGAUGUGCGUGUCCUUGAGCGGGUACACUGGGAGGGCGUGGAGCAGAAUGUUCACACAUGUUCUAGGGUGAUGCUCUCGUGCAGCCGGAUCAACGAUGCGGACAUGGCUUUGAGGUUGUUAAACCAACUGUUGGAGAGGGGUGUGGAUUACGAUUGCGAUGUGAUACCCGUCAACACCCGCAGAAUGUUUUUCUCGCUCGUGGCUGGGCACGUCGACGACAGGUAUUUGCGGAAGAACGGAUUCAAGAUGCUUGAGGUGGUUCAGGCCCACGGCAUCACGCCGCCGCACAUCCUCCAAAGCCGCUUGAUCUGUGCGUGGGGCUCCAAGCUUCCGGAGAAGCUCUUGGACUAUUUCGCGAGGAUGCAGAAGAACGGCAUCACGCUCAGCUCGAUGGUGCAGCGCUGCAUCGCGCAGAUGGACCCGCCCGUGCACACGGAUCGGACCCCCCCCCCGACGACGCUGUGCUGCGGUGCGCCGAGAGAGCCAGGGAGCACACCUGAGCCAGAGAGCACACUGGUACCGCACCGCUCCCGCGCAUCUGCACUCCCGCUCCUGCCCCCGCCGCCGCCUCCCGAAGAGCCGGCGAGGACGCCGGGGGUGCCGGCGCAGGCCAUGCCCAGCGGUUGUCGCAGCGGGGCCUCCAGGUUCAUCCAGACAGGCCCAGCCGGCAGUGCCAGCCCGCGCCGCAGCUGGUACGGCGACCCUGCCCCAGAAGACUGGAGCACGCAGAUCGGCUGGUACGGCGGACCUCCAGACGAGACGAGCACGCACGUCGGCUGGGACGGUGCCUCCGUGGAUGAGCUGUCGUACAAUCGCCAGGUGCAGAUGGGGAUGCAGGGGGAGCCUAGCACCACGGCGAUGGUGCACAACGUACCCAGCCGAGUCUUGCGCGACGAUGUGCUAGACAAGUUAGAUGAGAUGGGUUUCACGGGAUGCUAUGAUUUUGUAUACGUACCUGUCGACUUCCGUACAGGGAGUAACAGGGGGUACGCAUUUGUGAAUUUCAUCAAUGAGGAAGAUACGUGGCGCUUCAUGCACGUCUUCCACGGGCUCCACCACUGGCAAUGUAAGUAUCUGAAGGUAUGCACGGUCAGCUUGUCCCGAGUGCGGGGCCUCGCUGCCAACAUAGAAAAAUACCGGAACAGCGCUGUCAUGCGCGACGAGGUGCCCGACAAGUUCCGGCCCGCGAUCUUCCAUGGAGGAGAGCGGGUCCCCUUCCCAGGGCCAACCAGGGAACUGCCCGAGAUCGUUCGCAGGAAGGCGCGCUAGCGGGGCGCUCUACCCCGGCAAGUCGCCGCUGCGAGCGCGGGCCCCGUGGUUCUUGGCGUGGAUAUCUGCUGGGGCCCUUCGAGACUGGCACAUCGGCAUCACAGUGGGCUUGGCAAGCAGUCGCUGAAGAGUCCAGCUUCUGCGGGUGAUGUGUCAGUGGGCAGUUCCGCCGUCCAUGCGUGACGUGUCUCUUCUUCUUCUCCUUUGCCCCAUCCGUUUGAGUUGUCUUCGCCCACUAGAUGCAUCCAGAGAGUCCUCCCAGCUGAGUCGUCCUGGCCCGCCAGGUGCAUCCAGAGAGCGAGACCAGCGCAGCGCAGCAGUUGCGAUUCGGCCAAUACAGAAUGCCUCCUAUAUUUUCUCUCUCUCUCUCUCUCUCUCUCUCUCUCUCUCUCU